AUGGGAGUGGCUGGUACAUCCCAAAAGUGGCAAAAUAAGCAAAGGAAAAUGAAGUCUGCGUCCAUAUUCCUUGUGUUGUUCGUUUUCUUCUUGGUCGUUCUUGAGUCGCCGGAAAAGAUAGAAGCCGACGAAAAGUUCAAAUGCCUGGAGGAGUACGGCGGAAAAGUGGGAACGUUAUGUAGCCCUAAAUUCUUCCCAACGUUGUGCCGUCAAAACUGCCGUUUUAUGAAAGGCGCCAAAAACGGUAAAUGCUUGAAGAAACACAAACAUGUCAAAUGCUUCUGCGACUUUUGCAAAGACGACUAGAUUUACAAGAACGCAUCAGCUUCUGGUUCCAGCUUGAUCAUCGCAUCAAAUAACAGACCCCUGUUUCUCUAUGCGUUUCUAUUUCCAUAAAAUAAUAAAUUUAUGUGUGCGUGUAACAAAUGUUCCAACGUUUUUAUAUUCUGUCGACUGAUAUGACUUCGUUUAUGUAUGUGUUUGAUUAUUGUAUCACUUUUUAUAUGUUUGGAUUUUAAAUUUAUAACGAUCAUUUGCUAAAA